GCGUUGUAGUGCCGCUGCAUUCCGCACCCGUGUUCGCUAGCGACACCUAGGGACUCGCCAACACAACAUACUGUGGUGGGGGGAACUCGCUCCGCUCGCCGCCGCCGCACCGUCAGUGCCCUCUGUCAGUCUCUCCUUACAAACAUGGCGAUAUUGCUAACUCCGUCUUAACAUUCGCAGUUUUAAUUAAUUUCUGAAUCGAAUGUGUGAAACUGUACGUAUUUUAGUGCGUUUUGAGUGCUAGUGAAUCCGCUGGGAACGUAUAUUCUUGUUUCGUCAGUGAUUCGUGUUCGAGAGGAUCGCUGUUGUUGCAUCUGGCCCAGGAUCCGGGCUCCACCAUUGUGUUUACUGUACAGUCCGGCUCUUCUCCUGUCUUUUCCCAGGCUUUAUGACAAAAACCUUCUUAAACCACUAUUGAGGAAGUGCACGGUAUGUUUUAUUUGUGAUUUUAUUCUUCACGGAGUUGUUCUUAGUCGUAUAUUGACGGGAAGAACAUCGAUGCAAUUAAGAAGAUAGCCUAAUAGAUACAAUAACCGCAUCGCUUGCCCUGUUAAAGUCUCCAUGCAUUUGACAAAUCAGUUCGAAGUAAAUAAACAUGGUUUUGUUUUUAAACUGUCUUUUACUUAAAUGUAUAGAUUUUACCAUGUUUUAUUCUAGUGACUUUGUGUAAUGUUAGUGGUGUGUGUGUACAUUUUAAAGAGGAUUUAAAAACAAAAAUACCUUAGUGGUACUGUGUUUGAGUGCGAGUGUAAUUCUGAGAGAAUUUGAUUCCUCAGAAUCUCGUUAUGUUUAUUUUAUAUUUGAGUUCCAAGCUCUUUGUUCAUUGGAAUUGGAACACAAAGAACUAGGAGAGAGAAUUUAUAACAUCACACCUUCACCGUGCAAGCUAAUUUGGUGGAGGGGGGUUGACCAUGCAGUGGCUGUGGACGAGCGCCUUGCUAGUCUCCCUCAUCAAUACGGGGAACGGUCUUGCUCGUAACACUCUAGGUGAGAAGAAUAACCCCGCUUUGCAAGACAACUCAGAAUUUAAUUUACCUAAAGAACAACACCGGUACGACACAGCCUACGCAUGUGAAGGAAAAACGCUCAAGAUCGAAUGCAAAGACGGAGAACUCAUCCAUUUGAUUAGAGCCAACUACGGAAGGUUUUCCAUCACCAUCUGCAACGAUCAUGGAAACACAGAAUGGAGUGUCAACUGCAUGUCACCAAAGUCUCUCAGAGUGCUCCAUAGCAAGUGCACCCAACACCAAAACUGCAGUAUACAGGCUAGCACUAGUCUGUUUGCGGACCCUUGCCCAGGAACACUCAAAUACCUGGAAGCUCACUACCAAUGUGUACCAGCCGCGAUGACGACCACCACCACACGCCCCAGUCCGCCCUGGCUCAUGACUUCUCAGCCGAGUGUGUGGAGCACCGCCAAGCCUGUGACAGUAAGGCCAGGGCCACCCCCGCCGCCUCCCAUAGUACAGUUCUCUCCUCCCACAUCUACUAGGCCUCCAUCUCCGCCUGCCCCGCCUCUGGACCUGGACUCUGAUGAGGCUGAGGAGACCACCACUCCUCCUCCGACUACAGUCACCUCUUCCUCUACUCUACCCUCCACUACUGGAGAAGUGUACACUGGGGAGAAGGUGCUACGAGGAGAGCUUUGUUCUCCUACAUCUGCGAGGGGACUGUACUGGAACUGGACCCAGGUGGGAGACCUGAGUGCCCAGCCAUGCCCGGGGGGUGCCACAGGGUUGGCUAGGUGGAGGUGUGUUCCGGGUCCAGACCCAGCCAGUGACCCACACAGACACCCGGCCAGUCCAGACCUUAGCGAGUGUCGUAGUGUGUGGCUCACCACUCUAGACAGCCGCAUUACUGAGGGUGACACCAUUAUCAGCAUAGCCAACGACCUCUGCUCCGUAACGGAGAGCAAAACUCUGUACGGAGGGGAUAUGAUGACAACCACCAAGAUUAUAAAGAAGAUGGCAGAGAAGAUGUCAAUAGACAUCCAAACGUUCCCGGAUCCUAGACAGAGAGAGGCGAUCGUGACUGAGCUUCUACAUGGAGUAGUCAAGACCAGCAGUAACUUGCUGGACAGUUCACAGUUAGCUUCCUGGCGAGAUCUUACCCACAAGGAGCAGAUGAUGGUCGCUACUUCAUUGCUCGUAGGGCUUGAGGAGAACUCAUUCCUCCUAGCUGACACCGUGAUUCGGGAAAAGACUGUUACCCAUGGAGUCAAAAAUAUAUUACUGAGUGUAAGAGUGGUAGAGCUUCGAAAUGUUGGGGCUGAAGUAUUCCCCGCCCCUGGCUCCCUUGAAGGGUUAGGGGCGGGAGGAGGCAGCUCCGUCCCCGGAGGAAACUGGAUCCGUUUGGAGAGAGAAGCUCUCAUGGAGAACAGCGAAGGAGGUCUAGUGCGUCUGGUGUUUGUGGCGUUUGAUAGACUAGAGGAGAUUCUACAACUGGAGUCAGCCAAUGCCACAAGGCUCAUCAACAGCAAGGUGAUAUCAGCCAGUUUAGGUAAGGGACGUCACAUUCAACUAUCAGACCCAGUCACCGUAUGUCUCAGGCAUAUUCGUAUUGAGAACGUCACCAAUCCUACAUGUGUGUUCUGGGACUACACGACGAGUUCAUGGUCAGAGGAAGGUUGCCGAGUCGAGUCCACCAACUUGACUCAUACAAUCUGCAAGUGUGACCAUCUCACCAACUUCGCCAUCUUGAUGGACGUCCAAGCAACAUAUCUGCCUCCUUCUCACACACUUGCACUUCAAGUCAUCACCUACAUAGGGUGUAUCAUCUCCGUCGUCUGCCUCAUUUUGGCUAUUAUUACUUUUCAACUCUUCCGGGGCCUAAAGUCUGAUAGAACGACAAUCCACAAGCACCUGUGUGGGUGCCUACUUGUGGCGGAAGUACUGUUUCUGGCUGGGAUCGGCCAAACAGACCAAGCCAUAGUUUGUGGCGUCAUCGCAGGCCUACUACAUUUCUUCUUCCUCUGUGCUUUUGCCUGGAUGUUUCUCGAAGGUUUUCAGCUGUAUGUGAUGCUCAUUGAGGUGUUUGAGGCCGAGAAGUCGAGACUAAGGUGGUACUACAUGUUCGCCUAUGGAGCUCCCACUCUCAUAGUUGCUGUCUCCUGCUUCAUUGACCACAAGAGCUACGGAACUGAUCGAUAUUGUUGGCUCCGAGCUGACAACUUCUUUAUAUUCAGUUUUGUCGGGCCAGUUAUUCUUGUGAUACUUGCAAAUCUAGUCUUUUUAAGUAUGGCAAUCUACAUGAUGUGCCGACAUGCCAAUGCAUCUGUCUCCAUGAAGAGCAAGGAGCAUUCCAGAUUGGCCAGUGCAAAUGGCGGAGAGGAGAAUGCACUUCAGAACAAAUUGCUAUCACAUCUGGCCUGGCUACGAGGGGCCAUCGUGUUAGUGUUUCUAUUGGGACUCACAUGGACCUUCGGACUCCUCUAUCUUAACGAAGAAUCCGUCUUCAUGGCAUACAUAUUUACAGUGUUGAACAGCUUACAAGGACUCUUUAUAUUUGUAUUCCAUUGUGUUCAAAAUGAAAAGGUUCAAAAAGAAUAUAGGAAAAUGUUGAGGCGACAGCCGUGGCUAGUGAAGUGCCUGGGCUGUGUGGGAGAGACGAGUACGAGUAGCGGAAGUGGCAGUGGUAGUGGGAGUGGUAAGGAGCGAAGAUCCAGUCUCUACACGGGAUCCAACCAGUCACACAGCGGCCACACGCAUACGGACCAGCACGGAACUAGUUAUUUCCUGCAGCGUGGGUGGAGCUCGCGCAGCACAGCGGGAGUGCCACAAGCGGGGCCAGCUGUAGAAGUGGCGGGGCCCACAGUCGCAACCUUGCCUCACCACUACACUCACCGCUCCCCCCACACCACCAUCCCCAAGUCCGCAACUACCACGUGGGAUCCCCUACAUAAACCGCCGACAUGGAAGAAUAUUUCGUUUAAGACGUACAGUCGAGACUCUGGGCACGGCGGAUCAGAAAGGGAGGAAUCACCGCGAGGAGUCGUGGGUAUCCACAAUCAUAACCACAGUGGAGGGGAGAGGCCCCGUCCUAGCUACCAGUACCAUAAGCAAGACUGCAUGCCUCCCCAUAGUGGGCGGGGACGAGCCGCUAGCCCGUGGAACCAUACUUACACAGAGAUACGAGAACAGCAUGUUGCGUCAGCACACGAAGAUCCUGUCUACGAGGAGAUCGAGCGAGAACGGGAACGUGAGCGUGAACGUCAUGAAGUCAGUGUAAGCGACAUGAGUGAUGAAGACGGCCGACGACAGAGUGACAUGAGCAGACAAUCGUCUCGUAGCUACGGGGACCACCGUCCUCUCAUCCCGUACUCUCCCCCGCCUGCCCCCAACUUCCAGGCGGCGCUGGACGCAGCUCUGAGGCACCGUCUCGAGCAGGCGCGCACACAAGGUGUGGUCCAAGGCAGCGUUGCGGUGCUUGACGGAGAGACUGUAGUCUGCCACCUGACCCCCGACUUGUAUUCCUGCCGGACUAUGAUCCAACAGCCGUACAGCGAGUGUUAAUAGUGCCCGCACCUCCUAGAUACUAAUUUAUUUAUUUAAGGGUGUUGAACCGUAUCGACUUUUAAGACAGUUUAUGUUUGUUGAUAUUCGCCGUGUUAAUAUUGUAAAUAACAUCUUUUUUUUAAUGCCGUGUCGUCGUAGACACUAAACGGCAUUGGCACUGUGUUUUGUUUGAUUGUGAAAUAACACAGUGUCCCUAUACCUGUGAUGAGGCCAUAAACUACCUAGACUACUUGUACAGUUGUAAUAUUUCGAAUGAUUUGCACGGGAUUUGCAAAUAAUUGUUAUAAGUUAUUUUUACUACGCUGUGAUUAUUAUUUAUUUCCAUUAAGGGUUUUUUUAAAUACUCUUUCGUGCAUUUCUUUAUUAUUACCUCAAGCUCUACUACUUUUAAAUUUUCCAUUUUCCGUAGUAGACUGUAGAAAGUCUCUGAAUGGACUUUCUCUUACAACGGCUUAAUUAGUAUAAGAGCGUAAGAAGUUGAUUAUCUUCUGAGAUUUUAUUUUAUCUGGGAUAAAUUAUAUAUUUUUUGCUAUUUAUGACAGUUAGUUUUAAGUUUUCAUUUUUGGAUGUGAUAGAAAUAAAAGACUGCACAUAUAUUUUAAGAGGAUAGUACAGUAAAUAAGAAAUUAAAUUAGUAUUAACCGUUUCACCGAUUAAUACUUUCCUGUAAUUUUUUAAUGCGUUUAAUCACUGGUCGAGUAAACCAUAAUGUUCACUGUCCUGUGAAAUCUUUUACCGACGAUUGUUGAAUGAAUCAGUGGCCUGGUGUUUCUAAAUUUGGAAAUCAUAAAUGUUUAGUCUAACAUAUUGUGAGAUAGUUGAUAUGUCAGUUUGUAAAUACGUAAGUGGAUAUUUGUAAAUUUGUACAUACAUACAGUUCCGAACACUUGUACAAACAUACCCUAUGAUAAAUAAAUAUUAUUUUGAAACAUGA